UUGUUCGUUCGGUGGGGGCGGGCUAAUGUGCUAAAAGCUAACUAAGAUCUUUAAGAGGUCCUAGCGUCUUUCCUCAUACACGAGGCUGUUCAAAUACACAAACUACUCUGUAGAGUUCGUCAAAUUCACGAUGAGCAAGAGGAAAGCGCCACAGGAAUCUCCAAAUGAGGGAAUAACUGACUUUCUUGUCGAACUGGCCAAUUAUGAGAAAAAUGUCAACAGAGCUAUACACAAGUCCAAUGCAUACAGGAAAGCAGCGUCUACCAUUUCAAAGUAUCCUCAAAAGAUCAAAAGUGGCGAAGAGGCCAAAAAGCUGGAUGGUGUUGGAGCUAAAAUAGCUGAAAAGAUUGAUGAGUUCCUACAAACUGGCAAACUACGGAAACUGGAAAAGAUUCGAACUGAUGACACUAGCACUUCAAUCAACCUCCUCACCAGAGUUACUGGAAUUGGCCCUGCUGCUGCCAGGAAAUUCUUUGAAGACGGUGUGAAGACAUUAGACGAUCUUAAAAAGAUCGAGCACAAACUAAACCACCACCAACAGAUUGGACUCAAAUACUUUGAGGAGUUUGAGAAAAGGAUCCCACGUACUGAAAUGGAAAAGAUGGAGACCCUGAUUCAUGGAGAGUUGGAGGAAAUUGACACUGAAUACUUAGGAACAAUCUGUGGAAGUUACAGGAGAGGUGCUGCCUCGAGUGGUGAUAUUGAUAUCUUGCUGACCCACCCAGACUACACCUCUGACACUGAGAAGCAGCCGAAGCUCCUCCAUGCUGUGGUUGAUCAUUUGGAGUCUAUUGGGUUUGUGACGGACACUCUGUCCAAAGGAGACACUAAGUUCAUGGGAGUCUGCCAACUGCAGCAGAAUGAUGAUGAGGAAGAAUACCUCCACAGGCGCAUUGAUAUCAGAUUAAUUCCCAAGGAUCAGUACUACUGUGGAGUCCUGUAUUUCACUGGAAGUGAUAUCUUCAAUAAAAAUAUGAGAACUCAUGCUCUGGAGAAGGGCUUCACUCUUAAUGAGUACACCAUACGACCACUUGGGGUCACUGGUGUUGCAGGGGAGCCUCUGAUGGUGGAUAGUGAGAAAGACAUCUUUGACUACAUCCAUUACAAGUACAAAGAGCCAAAGGACCGCAGCCAGUGAAAUUGCUGUUGUAUCUGUAUUUAGGGCUACAACUUGACUGCAAACAAAAUCAGAAGCGUGUUUCACAUGUAUUAUUCCAUAUAAGUAACUGAAAAGAAAACAAAUGUGAAUGUCAUUUUUAUUAUUCGUUUGGGGGGGGGG